GGACAGCGGAGCGGGAUGGGCCGGCUACGACGGGGGCGCGCGCGAAGCCCCGGAGAGGAAUGGGGGUCCCGGCGAGCCCACCCGAUGCCCACCCACCAGUGUCUCCCCGCCACUCACUCACACACACACCCGCACCCUCGGCUGCUCCUCCGGCUCCGGGCGCCGCGCAGCUGGCGGAGGCGGGGGGCGAGGAGGGCGCGGGGACCCGCCGCCUCGGCGGCCUCUGGGCGCUGGACUGAGGGGCUCAGCGUCUCGGUCGGCGGGCUCCAAGCCAGACUCGCCACACCCCGUCUCGGUGGACGCCUGCGGGAGGCUUCUGCAUCUCUGUGUCUGGAGCUGCGGUUCCUGGGGCGCCGCCGGGGACCCACUGGGUGCUCUGAGCUCGGUCUGCGGGAGGCAGGGGGGACGGGGGCGGCCCUGGGGCCCUGCAGGUGGGCGCGGGGGCGCAGGGUGUGCAGGCGGAGCUGUGGGCGGGGAGGCAUCCUGACCGCGGAGAGGGCGGGUUGGGGUUCCCGUAGACCUGUUGGGGUGAAACCUGAGAGGAGUCCUGCGCCGUGGGGACCGGCCUCGCAGCCGCCGCGGGAGUUGGAAGAGCAGAGGAGGGAGGGAGAAGGGGGACCCCCGGUGCCCGCAGUCUCGCGCCGGAGGAAGGGGAGAGAAGGUUCUGUGACUGGCCGCCCUGAGCGCCGGGGCCGUGCGUGGGGAAAGUUUGGAGCAUUAGGUAUAUUCUGCAGUUCCCCAAUGAACCCAGGGAACCCUCCACCAUAUUCGGGCCCUGGCCCGACGGCCCCGUACCCACCUUAUCCACAACCACCAAUGGGCCCUGAGGCCUACCCUCCAGGACCUAUGGGAGGACCUUACCCACCUCCUCAGGGGUACCCCUACCAAGGAUACCCACAGUAUGGCUGGCAAGGCGGACCUCAGGAGCCUCCUAAAACCACAGUGUACGUGGUAGAAGACCAAAGAAGGGAUGACCUGGGCGCAUCCUCCUGCCUCACCGCGUGCUGGACGGCUCUCUGCUGUUGCUGCCUCUGGGACAUGCUCACCUGACCGGCCUGUCCCUGCUGUCCCGCCAGCUCUUCUGUCACCUCCAAUAGGUGUGCCUGCCCCAUCUCUUCUGAUUGCUAAAUUAAAUGACUAGCUCUGCGCAGACACUUCUACCUUCAACACAGUGGACUCUAGGUUAGCAGGGGUUGCUGAUGUUUAAUCCAGUGACUUUAUCUUUCUAAUGUUCAAAAUUAAUUUCCUAUUGGCUUUUCACAAAUGUGCUAAAUGACUUCCCUUCUAUUUUUUUGGCCAAAGGCUUAGUUAUGAAAUAUAUAUUUAUAAUUUUUAAAGUACACAUUCAAAGUAGUGGCAUAAUGUAACAUAUCACUGAAUGAUUUCUUUGCUAACACCCUGUAUGUUUCAAUAAAUUUGUCUAAACUUCAA